AUGACUAAUCUUACCCUCUAUUACCAAUCUUCACUAAUGCAAGGACGUAACUCUUUGGUUAGAACUUUGAUCAGUGCUAAAAGAAUGAGCUCCACCAUCACUCCAACAGCUAAUGCUCCCCCACCAGCAGCUUCAUAUUCGCAAGCUGUUAAGGUCAAUGGGUUUAUUUACGUUUCUGGUCAAAUUCCUUACACCCCACAAAAUAAACCAUUACCAGGUAAUCCAACCAUUGCUGAACAAGCAGAACAAGUACUUCAAAAUGUUGCAAACAUCUUGGAAGCUUCCAACUCUUCUAUGAAGCAUAUCGUUAAGGCCAAUAUCUUUUUAACUGAUAUGAAGACUCAAUUUGGUGAAUUCAAUCUGGUGUACGCAAAGUACUUUAGUGAACAUAAGCCAGCCAGAUCAUGUGUUGCAGUUAAAGAAUUACCUUUAGGUGUUGCCUUGGAAAUGGAAGUUGUUGCCAUCGAAAAGGACAAGUCCAACUUAUAA